CUGUGAAAUUGAGUGGGUACGAAAAAGGCAGGGCUAUGAAUAUGCUACGUGUCGGAUUAGAAAUCUUCAUUGGACGUCUCCCGUCAGAUUUUAUUUCCGAUAAAUCACACAAACUCGUUUUUUAGAAGGGAAUAUAGCUUAAUCAUUACCAACAUAUAAAUUAUUAGGUCACCAAACUAAAACGUUUCAGGAGAAGCGGCGAUGUCUGGGAUUAAAAAACAAAGAACGGACCUUCAGAGGGCCACUAAUGUCGUGUACCAGGCUCACCAUGUGAGCCGGUCCAAACGAGGCCAAGUGGUGGGCACCAGAGAGGGCUUCAGAGGUUGCACGGUCUGGCUCACUGGUUUGUCAGGUGCCGGAAAGACAACCGUCGGCUUUGCCCUGGAGGAGUACUUGGUGUUCCAUGGUAUUCCCUGCUACUCCCUGGAUGGGGAUAACAUCAGACAGGGGCUGAACAGGAACCUUGGCUUCACCUCUGUGGACAGGGAGGAGAACAUCAGGCGCAUCGCUGAGGUGGCCAAGCUGUUUGCAGACGCAGGAUUGGUCUGCAUCACCAGCUUCAUUUCUCCAUUCACUAAGGACCGGCAAGAAGCCAAAAAGAUCCAUGUACAAUCUGGGCUGCCGUUCUUUGAGGUGUUCGUCGACGCUCCCCUGGAGGUGUGUGAGAGCAGGGAUGUCAAAGGCCUCUACAAGAAGGCCCGUGCUGGAGAGAUUAAAGGCUUUACGGGCAUUGAUUCACCUUUUGAGAAGCCUGAGUCACCAGAUCUUGUGCUGAAGACUGGAGAGAUCUCAGCGACUGAGUGCAUCCAGCAGGUGGUCGAGCUGCUUAAGGAACAGAAUAUUGUGCCCACUGGUGUGACAGAGGAAGUGACUGAGCUCUUUGUGCCAGAGAACAAGCUGGACUUGGCACUGAGCGACGCCAAGACACUGCCUACCGUCAGCAUCACCAAGCUGGACCUCCAGUGGGUGCAGGUGCUGGCGGAGGGCUGGGCCAGCCCCCUCAAGGGCUUCAUGAGGGAGAGGGAGUUCCUGCAGGUUCUGCACUUCGACACUCUUCUGGAUGGUGGAAACAUCAACCUCUCUGUGCCGAUCGUCCUGCCCGUUUCCAAAGAGAGCAAAGAGAAGCUGGACGGCUGCGCAGCGUUUGCCCUUGAGUUCAAAGGUUGCAGAGUGGCAAUUCUCCGCAACCCUGAGUUUUAUGAACAUCGGAAGGAAGAGCGUUGUGCCAGGCAGUGGGGAACCACAUGUCCUCAGCAUCCUUACAUCAAGAUGGUUAUGGAGGGUGGUGAUUGGCUGGUUGGUGGAGAUUUGGAGGUGCUAGAGCAAAUCAAAUGGAACGAUGGUCUGGACCAAUACCGCUUCACUCCAAGAGAACUGAAGCAAAAGUUCAAGGAAAUGAAAGCAGACGCCGUCUUCGCCUUCCAGCUUCGCAACCCGGUCCACAAUGGCCACGCCCUCCUGAUGCAAGACACAAAGCGGCGGCUGCUGGAGCGAGGCUACAAGAACCCUGUCCUGCUGCUCCACCCGCUGGGAGGCUGGACCAAAGACGAUGACGUGCCUCUGGACUGGCGCAUAAAACAGCAUGCUGCCGUACUGGAGGAGGGGGUACUGGACCCAGCCAGCACCAUCGUGGCCAUAUUCCCCUCUCCCAUGAUGUAUGCUGGACCCACUGAGGUACAGUGGCACUGCCGGGCACGAAUGAUAGCUGGUGCCAACUUCUACAUCGUUGGUCGUGACCCUGCGGGCAUGCCUCACCCCGAGACCAAGCAGAGCCUGUAUGAGCCCACCCACGGGGCCAAGGUCCUCACCAUGGCCCCUGGUCUCCCCUCUGUAGAGAUCAUCCCCUUCAGAGUGGCUGCCUACAACAAGACUAAAAGAUCUAUGGACUUCUACGAUAAGGAGAGACACCAGGAAUUUGAGUUCAUAUCUGGGACCAAGAUGAGGAGGAUGGCACGCAGCGGAGAGAACCCUCCAGAUGGUUUCAUGGCCAAUAAAGCCUGGAAGGUCCUCACAGAGUACUACAGCUCCCUGCAGAAGGAUGAAUGAACACGCACACCUUGUUUCAAACAGACAGAUCACUUUUAAGCUUCUCUAUUUUAUAUUUUCAUUUUAAAUCAAGUACUGUAGACAUCUAGGCAUCUAGGCAUUAAUGAAAUACAUGCCUGAGCUUUUUUUUUACUAAAUUGAAUAUCAUAUAAACUGGAAAUUAUCUAGUUUGAUGUGAGGGUCAAAAUAAAUCUAAGCAGUGUAAAAAAAAAAGAUGGAAGUCAGAGUUGUGAAGAAAUCAAUAUGAAUGUUUUAACAGAUCACUUUUGUUACCUGUCUUUACUGCAUCUGUACUUCCAAGCUAGUAACUUAAAAUGUAUGUUUUAGAAGCUGUGAGAAGACUGUAAUUCUGUAGUUGAGUGACCAAGAGUGUGAUAUGAGUGGAAGGGGUUUUAACUAUCCCUGUGUAAUGAAUGAAACUAUAUUUAUCAAGUGAUGCCAUGGUACCUAAUUUCUAAAUGUUCUUAUACUGCAUCUAGCCUUUUUAUAUCAGUACUUUUCAGGAAGUUUCAAGCAAAUAAAUGAUUACAUGACAAACAAUAUUGGUGUAAUUUAUUUUAGCAGACACCAGAAUUCAGGGUAAGACAAAUUCUAAAAAUGAAUUAGUCAAUAUAAAAAGCAAAGCAAGCAUUUUACCAAAACCAAAGAUCAAUAAUUAAAACUACAAUUUCCACCAAUCACACCCCCCCCCCC